CGUCUGAGGAGCCCAAACUUUCCAGUUGCACCCCAGGCGGCGGCUGCUGCACGAAGACAGACAGAGAGGGUGGCACCGAUCGAGGCGUCAGAAUUCAUUUAGCUCUUUUAUUAUUCUCCACUUGAGAAAGUUGCUGCAGUAUUUGUAACUUUUAAAGUCUUAUUUUUUAACUGAAGUGGGUGCGAAAAAAAUCGAGAAAAUGACCGGUCUGCUGUGCAUCACAAUCAUCUCCGUGGCCCUGGCUGGCGGUGCAUACAGUUUUGUGACUCCCCCUCCCUUCACCCUUUUCACAGUGAAGGUGGUCGCCGACCUGGGCGCCAACGUCACCAUGCCCUGCAUGCUCAUGUCCAAAGACCACUCGCUGUCCGACGCCGGCGUCCGCGUCAAGUGGACGAAGGUGGCCGACGACGAGGCGCUGAACGAGGACGUGAUCCUCUCGAUGGGCGUGCACAAGAAGACGUACGGAAACUUCGAGAACCGCGUCUUCCUGGAGGAGAAGGGCGACCACGAGGACGCCUCCCUGACGAUACUCGACGUCUCCAUGGCCGACACGGGCAAAUACCUGUGUGAGAUCACCAACGGGAUGACGGACACCGUUCAGGAGGUCACGCUAGAGGUGCUCGGCGAUUUCACUGCUGGUGUCGUCUUUCCGUACCACUCAGAAGUGGGCCGCUACAACCUGGACUACGACACUGCCGUGCUGGCCUGCCUGGCCCAGGGCGCCGUGGUCGCCUCCCCCGAGCAGCUGUACGAGGCCUGGGAGGCGGGUCUGGAUUGGUGCAACGCUGGCUGGCUGAACGACGGCUCGGUGCAGUAUCCCAUCACGAACCCCCGAGCACCUUGCGGCGGCUCCAACAACGGGCCGGGCCUCAGAAAUUAUGGCCAGAUGGACAAAAAUAAAACCUACGACGUGUACUGCUACACCGCUGCACCCAAGGGGAGUUUCUACUGGUUGACCCAACCCGAGCACCUGACCUUCGACGAGGCCGUGCAGGCCUGCUUGGACGACGGCGCCGAGAUCGCCAUGGUGAGCCACAUCUUCGCCGCCUGGAAGCUCGAGGGCUACGACCGCUGCGACGCCGGCUGGUUGGCCGACGGCAGCGUCCGCUACCCGAUCUCCAGGCCCCGCAAGAACUGCAGCCCCACGGAAGCCGCGGUGCGCACGGUCGGCUACCCGGAUAAGACCCAGAAGUCUUACGGGGUCUACUGCUUCAAGUCCCAGCAGUGAGAAUAGGUGGAUAGGAUUAGACAGGCCAUAACCACCAAAGAGCAGCAAGAACCACAACAAAAAUAAGAAUCAACAAAAAAGCAGAUAAGCUUUGGAUUUUGAAAUUAGCCUGAAUCUCUUCUGAUGCUGUGAUAGCUGUUUUCCGAUCAUAAUAAUAACAAAAAUUGUAGCCCUUCAAUCCAUAUUCCUCUUCUCAACUUUGAGGCUGAAAACGACUGAUGAAUAAAAAGAUCAGGUGCUAUUUUAUAUCAUUCAGUAUCUCGUCAUGGACGCUAACAAAAUAGAUGAGAAGUUUUUUGGUUCAUGUGAUCAAAAUUGACUUUAGUUUUCUUUUAAAUAAAGAAAAUAAAUCUCAAAUCUAUUGGACUGUGACCGUUCCAUCGGUUCCAGUUUGAAAUCCAUAUUUGUUUUUUUACUAAUGUGUCCUUAUGAAUGUUUUUAACAAAACUGUUUUUGUUAGGAGUUUUUACGUUUGCCUCACACUAUUAAAAGUGCAGUUUUUGCAUUGAUGAAAUCACAUCUGACUGCUGAGAACGUUUCCAAAAUUGAUAUUUUUCCCCUUUUAUUAGAUGUAAAUAGAUAAAAAUUCACCCCCCGGUAACCACUUACACAUGUCUACUACUAUUAGUUAUAGCAGUUAUUCUUCCACGUGAGUAAAAUAGAAUCACAGUCGGCCCAAAUUCUGUUUCAGUUGCCCUAAAAAAAGAGAGCAUAUAUUGUUGUGAUGACAGCUUUGUUUGUGUUUUGCUUUUUGCUACUUUUUUCCUCUCCAUUUUCUAACAUAUAUUACUUACUGCAGGUGAAAUGUGGUAUGGCAAUGUUGUUUGUAACAGCUAAAAAAUGUACACACACACACACACA